CCCACUGAAAUACAAUUCUUCCAUGCUUGUAAAUACAAAAGUGUGCAACAGUGAAGACAUGAACAGGUUAAUAGCAGCCAUGUGGGGUUCACAAUUUACAUGUGUUUCGCAGAUACAAGUGCAUAAAUCAGCCUAAUUCACUAAACCCAUUACAGUCCUGUCUCAGUACAUUUAUAAUAACAAUAACAACAUGGCAUUGUUCUGACAUGUUCACAAAUUCAUACAUGUCGGAAAUAACACCAUCUAUUUUGCAGUCUUCUGUGAGUGGAAAAAUACCUGCUACAUCCUGGCACUUCAGAUGACAGAUACCUCUGGUGUAUUGCAACAACGAAAUGCCCUUGGAGGGUUUAGAUUAGGGGAUGUCAUUAAUAUUUUUCCAAAUUUGAGCCUGUGACGCCCUUUGAGGCUCUUCUGUGAUUACGAGCUGCGUACAGUAAAUCGUUUUGACUUGCCUUCAUUUGACAUGAGGCAUCCUCCAGUGACAGUAAUGGCAAAGACAUCCUGAGUGACAUGACUAUUAUUGUAAAAGAACCAAAAAGAAAGGAACUCUUAAAACAUUAAGAUGCAUUUGUUAGUUUUCAUGGAAAGGUCAUAUUAAGAAAUUGGAGAAAAAUCCUCUAUAUGGAAAAAUGUAAUUAGUGUAUUCAGAAUUCAGAAUGUUGCAAAUCAUGAAAUUUCAUUGUUGACACAUAACGGCAAAAUUAUUUUGGCAUUAUAAGUGGAAAUAUAUGAGUUAAAAACAAUUAAUAGGCUACCUCGUGAAUGAUAAAAACUCCCAAUACUUCAAAGACUCACAUCAGUAAAAAUUGAUCGAUUUCCAAAGUGAAAUUUAGUGGGUCAUGUAUGUAUCAUUAUUGCUAAAAUUAUGUGAAAAUGAUACUCCCUUCUUCCUUCACACGUGUAAAUUGCGUAUGCGUAAGUGGUAAGCGUUUGUGUUGAUUAUUUCUAUUCUUUAAGAACAUUUGAUUGUAUUUACUGUUAUUUUCAUUUUCUCCACAAGAUAAUGGAUUAUACUUGUUUGUUUUCUUACAUUAAUUUUAUUUUUUAAGGUGCUUUAUACUUGUAUGUUUACCUGUUUUUAAUGUUUGCGACUAAUCCACUGAACAAGAAGUACAUCACACUGAACUUGAGUGCAACGCAACCUCGUCAAAAUCAAUAAUUCAAAUUCUCUCGCGCGUAAAAGUCGAGCGUGACUGAAUCCGACCUUGACGCACAGCUGGAGCGGCGUCAGUCAUCACUUUUGUCAAGAAGCGAAAACAUGGUUGGUUGCAACUCAUAAUCCUUUGAGAGACAAAUCUUUUUUGUGCUUCCAAUAGGAUACUCGACACCUACGUUUUAUGUGGAGUGCGACGGUGGCGCUUGCCUAUUUUGCAUCCCAUUUUGAAUGCUUUCCAGAAUCCGACCAGUGCGCGCAACAGAAAACAGAAACCGCGCUCACGCUCUUAGCCGAGAGACGUUCUUUCUUUACUCUUUUGAGAACUUCGGGAGAGAUUCAAAAGUGCAAGUGAAAGUGAGCAGCAAAACCGAGUCACCCAGCCUGUUGUAAACUCGAUUAUGGAACAAGUGGAUGUGCUCAAUCGUUCUUCUCCAACUUCUGCCCUCAACAACGGCUCCUCCGACGACUUGGCGCAGAGUGUUCCCUUCCAGGGGGGCAGCACCCUGAUGACCGCGGUCAUCUCCAUCACAGUCUUCGUGGUAGGAUUGGCCGGCAACAGCCUGGCCAUCUUCGUGGUGCUUCGCUAUGCCACCAUGAAAACGGUGACCAACAUCUACAUCCUCAACUUGGCUAUCGCCGACGAGCUCUACAUCAUCGGGCUGCCUUUCCUCACGACGCAGAAUGUGCUCUCCUACUGGCCCUUCGGAUCCUUCCUGUGUCGGCUCGUCAUGACCGCGGACUCCAUGAACCAGUUCACGUCGAUUUUCUGCCUCACCGUCAUGUCCAUUGACCGCUACCUGGCCGUUGUGCACCCCAUCAGGGGAUCCAAGUGGAGGCACCCGCGCGUUGCCAAGGCGGUGAGCGCAGCGGUGUGGGCUGUCUCUUUUGUGGUGGUCCUACCUGUCGUCGUCUUCUCUGAUGUGCAGGACACAUUCAACUCUUGCAACAUGAUCUGGCCAGAGCCAAAAGACAUGUGGUCAACAGCCUUCAUUCUCUACACCACCACGGUGGGCUUCCUUGUGCCCCUGCUCAUCAUCUGCCUCUGCUACCUGUUGAUAGUCAUCAAGGUGAAGUCCUCUGGAGUGCGAGUGGGCUUCACCUCGCGACGGCGUUCUGAGCGUAAGGUGACACGCAUGGUGGUGGUUAUCGUGGUGGUGUUUGUACUCUGCUGGCUGCCGUUCUUCAUCAUCAACAUCAUCAACCUUGUGGUCAUCAUCCCUGAGUCCAGUGCCACCGCAGGAAUAUACUUCUUUGCAGUCAUCCUGUCAUAUGCCAACUCCUGCGCCAACCCUCUGCUUUAUGGUUUCCUCUGUGACAACUUCAAACAGAGCUUCAGAAAGGUGCUGUGUCUGAAGAGGUUGAGGUGUAAUGCCAAUGGCGUGGAUGACGGCAACCCAAGUGCUCGCCGUGUAGUGAGGUCAAUGCCAACUGAAUGUGCCCCUUAUUCUCCGAAACAUCAGGUGUCUUACCACCCCCAGAGCAGCCAGAUCUUUCCUCAGCCUUCAGGCUUCCAACUUUCUCACACAGCUGCUGACUUGCACUGCUGCGUCUCGACACGCAAGCAGUCUUCCUCCACACUCCCGCAAUCCCCCAGGACCACGACAAUUACAGCAACCUCCAUGAGCAAGGCGACUGAAAUUCCUGCUAAUAGCACAAUAACAACAGCGCCUGCCGUCUCUUAGGGAAUAUGGCCUCUUGAAGAGGAGGUGGAGUUCAUGCCUCUCCUUUUUUUUCUUUUUGUCAAUUUCAAAUGUAAAAAACAUAUUGGCAUGGUACAGUGUUAUACAGAAAAAGUAACAUACAAUCCUCAGAAAAUUAUCCCAGAAAAUAAAAGAAAAUAAAAAUGUAAAUAAGAAAGAAAGAAAGACAAAAUGAAAGCGGAACGCUUGGGGCUUUCAGCUCCUCUCCAAUUCAAGUCAAGCACCAUUGAUAAAUGAUUUUCAAUUGAUUGUCCUUUUACUAAUUCAGAUUGUUUGUCUGACAUGAUUUCUACAACGCCAGAUUUCAAUCUGUUUUGCAAAUAGAUGUUGGGCCGCACGAUGAUCAACUGGUUACCAUGUCGGCCUCACAGUGGAGAGGUGCAGGGUUUGA